UUUUCCUUCGUUUGGAUGCGGCAAGAGACAGAAGAGUGCGCUCGUUAUCACACCACAGACAGACAGCGGAAACUUGAAAGUCAUUUUCGCAAAUAGUCGAAGCCGUAAAAUCUGACUUUCAAGAUAAUCACAACCUCUAGUCAAUAGAAUCCCGUAUUUAAGCCCGCGGCUUUAGGGAUAGGAUUCAAAAGGGAGAGUGCGAGUUUGCAUGAAAAGUUUACUGCGUCAGUUGCACAAGCCCGGAAGCCUUCGUAUUGUUCUCCAGCGGCAAGAUCCCGUUCAACAGCAGCAAAGGCAACGACUACUGAAGACAUUCGCGGCAAGUGCAAGUAAAUUUAGUCGAAUAGCGAUGCCGGAAGCGCAGGAAUGUUUGGCAAGCUUCAAGUACCCGGAAGCCCGGCGGGACGAUUCCGUGGUGGAGGAGAUUCACGGCGUCAAGAUUCCCGAUCCGUACCGCUGGCUGGAGGACCCGGAUGCGGAAGAAACGCAAGCCUACGUGGAGAAGCAGAAUGAAAUUUCCAAACCCUUUCUGGACAGCUGCGAGGAGUGGAAAAAGCUGAACGAGAAGCUGACCAAGCGCUGGAACUAUCCGAAGUAUUCGUGUCCAUUCAAGCACGGAAGUCGGUACUUUUUCUUCAUGAACACCGGACUGCAGAACCAGGAUGUUUUGUACGUUCAAAAUUCUUUGGAGGAUGAACCGAAGGUAUUCCUGGAUCCGAACUCGCUGUCCAAGGAUGGGACCAUUGCGCUGGUCGGUUCUCGUUUCUCGGACGAUGGAAAUCUAUUCGCGUAUGGUUUGAGUCAGAGCGGAUCAGACUGGACUAAGCUGAAGGUUCGGGACGUGAAUACGGGGGAAGAUUCCCCAGAAACGUUGGAACAUACCAAAUUUGUAACGGCUUCCUGGGCUAAGGAUAACAAGGGCUUCUUCUAUGCCCGCUACCCGGUCGUGGAUGGUAAGGCCGAUGGUUCGGAAACGGCAGCCAACGAGAACCAGAAGCUCUACUUUCAUCGGGUCGGGGAAUCGCAGGACAAGGACGUGUUGAUUGCCGAGUUUCCGGAGGAGCCCUCGUGGAGAUUGAUGCCCGAGGUGUCGGACUGCGGCAAAUAUCUAAUGCUCUUCAUCAUGAAGGGCUGCAAGGACAUGCUGUUGUACUUUAGCAAGUUAGAAUCGUCCGACAACAUCACUGGGAAGCUGGACUUUGUGAAGGUGGUCACCGAAUUCGACAGUGAUUAUGACUACAUUACCAACGAGGGCAGCAUCUUCUCGUUCCGCACCAACAAGGGUGCCCCGAACUACCGGAUCGUGAACAUCGACUUCGACAGGCCGGCGUUCGAGAAUUGGAAACCCCUCAUCGAAGAGCACCCGAAAAAUGUCGUGGAUUGGUCCAACUGUGUCAACAAGGACAAGAUCGUGCUCGGGUACAUCGACGAUGUCAAGUCGGUCCUUCAGGUGCACAGCCUGAAGGAUGGUGCUUUCGUGUCCAAGUUCCCACUGGAAAUCGGAACCGUCGUCGGGUUCAGCGGCAAGAAGAAGUAUUCAGAAAUUUUCUAUCACUUUGUGUCGUUUUUGACACCGGGCAUCAUCUAUCACUUUGAUUUUGCCAAAGAACGAGCGGAACCGAAGAUCUUCCGGCAGGUCAAAAUCGAAGACUUCGAUAACAGUCUGUACAAGGUGGAGCAGGUGUUCUACAAGAGCAAAGACGGCGAACGUAUUCCGAUGUUUAUUGUGCAGAGGAAGUCCGAUAAGCAAGAGAAGAAACCAUGUCUGCUUUACGGCUACGGAGGGUUCAACAUUUGCAUUCAGCCAUCUUUCAGUAUUACGGGCCUGGUGUUCAUCGAUUCAUUCGAUGGCAUUUUGGCAUACCCGAACAUCCGCGGUGGCGGGGAAUACGGUGAACGGUGGCACAACGCCGGACGGUUGCUGAAGAAGCAGAACGUUUUCGACGACUUUCAAUAUGGGGCCAAAUUUCUGGUUGAGAAUGGUUAUACUUCCCACGAUCAGAUCGUAAUUCAGGGAGGAUCCAACGGGGGUUUGCUGGUCGGUGCCUGCAUCAACCAGAGACCGGAUCUGUUCGGUGCCGCAAUCGCUCAAGUCGGUGUCAUGGACAUGCUGCGCUUCCACAAGUUCACCAUCGGCCGGGCCUGGGUCUCCGAUUACGGCGACAUCGACGCGAAGGAGCACUUCGAGAACCUUUACAACUACUCGCCAAUGCACAACGUUCACACACCAAAGUCCGAAAAGGAACAGUAUCCGGCCACGCUGGUCCUGACGGCCGACCACGACGACCGGGUCAGUCCGCUGCACUCGCUCAAGUUCGUGGCCGCUCUGCAUCACGCCAUCAAAGACUCCGAGUUCCAGACGAACCCACUGCUGUUGCGCGUCUACAGCAAAGCCGGCCACGGUAUGGGCAAACCGACGGCGAAGAAGAUCGAGGAAGCCACCGACAUCCUGACGUUCAUGUACAAGACGCUGAAGCUCAAGCUGAACGCCUGAAGGUCGUCCGGUCGUAGGUCGGAAUUGAACGAUUAAAUAUUAUUAUGAUUGUUAGCUUUUGUAUGGCCAUCUUCUUUUUUGUUUUCACUUUUUAUAUACCUAGUAGAUUAGUACGGUUUGUAUUCUUGUUUAGUUGACGUAGUCAUCGGCAGUAUCGGAUUGAAUGAAUGAAACUUAUGGAAAAUGAGAAGAGAUUCAGGUAAUUUGUAGCUUUUUAUAAUUGCAUGAAGAAUAUUUGAAUAAAUAUUACUUGAACGAA